AUGGCAUAAAGUGUAGCUUAAUAUGUUUCAAAUUAAAUAACAACCAAAUAUAAUACAAAAGACAAAAAAAAUACAAAAAACUAAAUAGACCCAAGAGUUAUAGAUGAAAACUUAAUUAUAUAAUGUGUAAAAUAAUUUAAUCAAGAAAAUAGUAAAAUUGUUUCAGAAAAUAUAAUACUUUAAUAGUUAAGAAUUCUACAAUUAUCAUUUAAGAGUAUUUUAUAUUUAUUAAUUUUAAAUUAUAAAAUAUAAUAAUUAAAUAAAGAUAUUGCAAAAAUAUAAAAUUUGGAUGGAUUAGAAAAACUUGAAAAGCUACAACUUGAUAAUAAUUUAAUAGCUAAAAUAGAAGGAAUAGGUCAUUUAGUAAAUUUGAAAUGGUUAGAUCUUUCAUUUAAUUUAAUUGAAAAAAUUGAAGGAUUGGAAAAUCUGAAAUAGUUAAAAGAUUUAUCAUUAUUUAAUAAUAGAAUAAAAAAGAUAGAAGGACUCUAAAAAAACUUAUUAUUAAAUGUAUUUUCUGUAGGAAAUAAUAAGUUAGCUUCUUACGAAGAAAUAACUGGAUAUUUCUAAUAUAAAAAGGCAAAUGAUGAAGGUACUUAAGAAAGAUUUCAUUUUAAGCAUUUAUAAGUUUUAAAUGUAUUAGGAAAUCCUUUUACUAGGGAUAAAGAAAAUGAAUACAAAACUCAUAUUAUUUGUGCUAUACCUAAUUUAAAAUAUUUAGAUUAUGUUUUUAUUGAUGAGGGUGAUAGAAACUUAAUUAAAUAAAAUGAAGAAAAUAUAUUUGCAAUGUAUUAAAUAACUACAACUGAAUAUGAGAAGCAAAUGAAAGCUUUAGAAGAAACAGAAUUAGAAAUAUAGAGAUAAUAAAGAAUAAAAAAAGAAGCAAAAAUGGAUAUUUUAGAUAAUUUAGGAGAUUAAUUAGUUAAUAUAGAAGAGUUAAAUAAAGUAAAAUUAAUUUAACCUUUAUAAAUAUAAGAAGAAAUCGAAAAAUUUAAAUAAAAAGUUGAAUUAGCUGUAAAAGAUUCAAUAUAAACACAUGUUAUUAAAAAUCAUUAAGAAAUAAUAUCAAAUUAGUAAAAAUACGAGUAAUCAUUUAGAGAUAGAGAAAUUGUAUCUGAAAAGGAAAAUUUAGAAGUUUUAAGAAUUUUCGAACACUAAAAAAAAAUUGUCUUUAGAAAUUGGGAAAAACAAUAAAGAAAUAAUGAAGAAAAAAAAGAUGAUAGUGAAUUAAAGUAAUUAAUAGAAGAAACAAAAGAAUUAAAAAAUAAACUUUUAAAUAUAGAAAUUUAAUUAGUUGAAGAAUUAGAAUAGGCAUAAACAGAUUUUGAAAAUUUCUUUAAAGAUAAAAUAUAGAGAGAAAUUGAUCCCUUUUUUGAUACUGGAAGUAAAAAAGUAGACGAUUGUGUUUUGGAGUUUUAUUAAAAACUUAAUGAUAUAAAGACAUAUGAAGAUAAAUAAUAUCAUUAAAAUCUUGAUUAAUAAGAAGAAGAAGAAUAAGAUUUAGAAGAAAGUGAAAGAAAUAGUUUACUUGAAAAUAGAGAAGCUUUAAAUUAACUUAUAAUGUAAAUUAAAGAUACAAUAUAAGAAAAUGCUGGAUAAAAAAUUUAAAAAUGCUAAACUUUAAUUAGUUAAGAUUAAAUUUAAUAUUCUUAAUAAAAAAAAGCAAGAAUGUAUGAAAGAAAUAGAAAGAACAUAAAAUAAAUUUUAUAAUAAAUUAAAAGUUAUGAAGCUGAAAUUUUAAAUAAAAUUUAAGAAAAUGAAAGUGAUAGUGAUAGAGAAUGA